GCCACAUAAGCUGCGUCAUUUCCUGUGUAGGGACGCGUUGGAGCAAGCCGUUCAGUCGAUAACCUCCGACAGCUAGACAACGAAGACAGUCGAUCUCCGUGCCGUUUUACUUUGUUUCUUUGCGCACUUAUGCAACGAAUCACUUUCCGACCUGUUUGAUUUUUGUCUGUGGAAUACACCCGGCGCACUUUCCAAAGGACUAAAGCGCGUUUCAACUUUCUGAUAUUUGAGCGUGCCAAAGGAAAAGAACUUUGCGUUUUAGUUUGGGUGCCAUAACCUCCAAAUACGGGACUAGUGGAUUAGAACUAAACGCUGAAUCGGUGCUCUACUUUAAAAACUAAUCAACAGGAACGCAAUGUGAUUAUGGUGGUUGUAAAGCUUUGGAUUUCUGGGCAAAGAUCCUAAACUCCCUCGUAAGGGAUUCACUGUUGAUGACAGAGGUAUUGGAGAAGACGCACUGGCCACUUGACUCUUUUUCGCGAGCACAAGACGCACCGAGCGCGCAAGCUUUCUGUCAGUGUUAUUUGGAAGGUGCACUUUCCUGUCUAAAAUCGGACUUUUUAUUUACGUUUUUUUACGUUCUCUCUUAAGUUCUGGCUAUCACAGUUGUCGGUUAGUCCAGCUAAAUUCUGCAUUUCAUAUUUCUAUAAAUUUAAAAUUCUAUGAUGAUGGGAUGGGAUUUUAAUGACUGUAUUAUUAAAUUCAUAAUCGUUUGUUAUUAAAACAUGCAGUGUUAAUAUUCCAACCUAUCUUAAGCUAUUCCAUCUGUUUGUCACUGUAAACUAUCGAUGUAAUACUUAUAAUAUACCUGGUACCAUCGAAUGUUGAUUUAAGUAAAAGUCAUACAUACAUACAGUUUCAUAACAGUGACAGAUCACAGUAUUAUACAUCCUGGUACACAUGACGUUAAAUUAAUGCAGCAGACAUUAACUACACAACGUAAAACUGUUCUGUAGCAUUUGAAAUUGAGAUGAUUACAUUUUAUUUUAUUUAUUAUUAUUAUUUUUACAGUGUGCCUGAAGUGUUUAUUUCAAUUCCAAACUUAUUUAUUUUUUUGUUUAAGGAUACUAGCCUAAUUAGAUGUAUGUGUUUGGUUUUGUAGGUCCUCUGUGACCCGUUUGGUGUAAUAUUAAUUAUGACAGUGAACAUCAAGGCAUCACAGUGCCAUGCGCCGCUCCGCAGACUCCUGUAGACUCGGUUCCGGUGCUACUGCAAUGCCCGCCGGACCCCUCCGCUUCCGCGUGGUUCUGUGAUCCAGGCAAAGGGCGCGAGGAUGAGCACAGACCUGGAGCGCCUGUCGCUUAACUCUUCCUCGGGAAACUCUGUGGCGUCUAGCGCGCAUUCCCUUUCCGCCAAUGUGAAGAAGCUUCACAACGCGCUCAACCUGCUGCUCAGCUACCUCGAGAGAGAGCAGUUCAUCCACUGCCUCAACGUGUACCACUCCAAGCGCAAUGUGUACGAUCUGGUCCAGACGCUUAAAGUCAUACUGAACGUACCGAGCAAGCGUCAGCUCCUGCCCAUGCUGCGGCUGGUUAUCCCGCGCUCAGAUCAGCUUCUGUUCGAUCAGUACACAUCAGAGGGGCUGUACUUGAAAUCCGACGUUCUUGCGCGCAAUGGUGACCCAGACGGCUCCCACGAGGCUGCUAAUUCGAGUCCAACACACGGGGCUCACUUAUCGGCUCCUUCUGCGUCUCAAACCGCUCUGCGCGGGUCUCCUGAUAACAUCAGCAUCAGCAGCGAUGGGACAGCGACUCUUAUUCCUUUACUGGGAAGAAAUUUCUUACCGGAGCCGCCAGGCGAGAUCCGACAGGUAACCCUCAAGCGUCACAAGAGCAACGAGGGUUUGGGAUUUAGUAUCCGCGGAGGAUCCGAGCAUGGAGUUGGGAUCUAUGUGUCACAGGUGGAACCGGGAUCACUGGCUGAAAAGGAGGGUUUGAGAAUAGGAGAUCAGAUAAUGAAAGUUAAUGACAAAGUGUUCGACCGGGUCACGCACGCAGAGGCAGUUAAGGUGCUGAAGGGCAGCAAAAAGCUCUCCAUGUCAGUGCGUUCUGUGGGCCGUAUCCCAGGCGGUUAUGUCACAAAUCAUGUCUACACCUGGGUGGAUCCGCAGGGGCGCAGCGUGACCCCACCCCCUGACCUGCUGACGGAGCAUCGAAGCGCCACCCUGCGCAGGUCCAACAGUCAGGGCCGAAGCCACAUGCAGCUUCUGCAGGACGGCGAUGAGAAGAAGGUAAAUUUGGUUCUGGAUGACGGCCGUUCUCUGGGUCUCAUGAUCCGCGGAGGGGCUGAAUACUCUUUAGGUAUCUACAUCACAGGUGUGGACAGAGGGUCUGCAGCAGAGUGUGGAGGACUGAAGGUCGGGGAUCAGAUUCUGGAGGUUAAUGGACGAAGUUUCCUCAGCAUCCCACAUGAUGAGGCUGUACGAGUGCUGAAGUCUUCACAGCACCUGAUGAUGACGGUGAAGGAUGUCGGGCGACUGCCACAUGCCCGCACCGUAGUGGGUGAGACAAAGUGGAUCACAAGCUCACAGAUUACAGACAGCUCGGCCAGCAGCAGUGUCACAGGACUCUCUCUGGACCAGGGAGCAUCAGCAUCAGGAAAGGGUGGCUUUUAUAAAGGUGUGGCAGGAUCUCAGGUGACUCUGUCCAGUUUGGUGAACCAGAGCAGGGCCAUGCUGGAGGAGCAGGCCAGACAUCUGCUGACCGAACCGGAGAGGCAGACCAUGGGUUACUACAUCCAAGAGUACCGUGAUGGUCACAUCGGUGUUGAGCAGCUGGUCAUGGCCCUCCUUGAGCUGUUCAAUACACAUGCCAAGUUCUCUCUGCUGUCAGAGGUGAGGGGGCUCGUGGUCCCUCAGGAUGUAGAGAGAUUUGACGGCCUGGUUCUGAGACGAGAGAUCGAGGCCCUGAAGGCGAGGCAAGGUGGCGGAGCUGGGUUUCAAGACUCUUUCUCCAUGGUUUCUUACCCUGACACACUGGCCUCCUCCUCAGCCAGCUUCAUGACCAACACCACCCUCAGCUCCGCACGGAACGAUGGUGUCACAGAGAACAACGGGGAACAAUCUCUGGAGCGUAGCAAUGCCCUGCCAGACAUCUCUCUGGAUGAGGUUCAUUCCACCUCAGAUUCCCCUCCUACCUUUAAACCUCCUCCUCCCCCAGGGCUUCAGCGCCGACCCAGUCGAAAAGCCACGCUUAGCAAACGUCCCUCUUCUAGCUCCUCCCAGUCGGGCUUGUACUUCACCGCCCCUUCUCGUUCCCAGAGCAAAGAACCCAAACACCCAAAAGCACCCAAACCUCACACAUCUCCUCUUGACACCUUCAAGAUAGAUGUCCCAGCACCUCAACUCGCAGUUGUGAGCCAGCAUACUAUCGGACCGUUCCCCCGGGUCCAGUCUCCUAGUAAGGUGAAGCCUGCUGUCCAAUCCUCAUCUCCGAUUCCUCCCCCCGCCCCUAAUGUACCUGCGCCACCUGGGCCGCCGCCUCCUCCUCCACCCCCCUGCCCAGAUAAGCCCGCCCCUUCUUCCCCAGCAUCCAAUCAGCACUUUGUCAUGGUGGAGGUGCACAGGCCCAACGCAGAGCCUGAUGUGAACGAGGUGCGGCCGCUGCCACAAGCGCGAGGAGGGACAUUAUCCCAGCUGUCAGACAGCGGACAGACCCUCAGCGAGGACAGCGGUGUGGACAUUGCCGAAUCUGGACGUCUCAGUAAGGAAAGCAGCCCACGUCCCGGCCGCACCAGAACCCCACGGGAUGGGCACGGAGGAGGAGAAACAUCUGCCAAACCGCCGGGUCUGUUGGAGCCUACAUCCACUCUAGUGAGAGUGGCAAAAAGCGCCAGUACUCUGGGCAUCGCAAUAGAAGGUGGGGCAAACACACGUCAGCCCCUCCCACGCAUCGUUACCAUACAGAGAGGUGGUUCGGCUCAUAACUGUGGACAGCUGAAGGUGGGUCAGGUGAUCCUCGAGGUAAACGGAGUGUCUCUCAGAGGAAAGGAACAUCGGGAAGCCGCACGUCUCAUCGCAGAGGCCUUUAAAACCAAAGAGAAGGACUACAUUGACUUCUUGAUCACAGAGUUCAAUGUUGCUCUAUAAGACCGUACGAGUCCCAUGAUGCUGACGGAAUAAAAGAGCACCGCGACCGCGAUGUCUUGCCAUGAUUAACCCCCAGAAUCCUGUUACAUGCUAGACUUCAGCUCAUCCUCCUCUGUGGUGUUUUGAAACCAGUCACUGUUUGAAAGGCCAUCCUGUGUGAGCCAACCCCGCGUUGACCUUUCCGACGGCAAAUGCCAGGAUAGAGCAAAAGUUCAGUCUGUUCUGUUCUGUCGGUUUGUUUUAGAAGAUGGGACCAUCUUUUCAGUUCUUUAUGAGAUUCUAUAAUGAAAUUUGGUCACCUGACCGCAAUACGGCAAGAGACUCUUCAGUGAGCUUGGAUCUGUGUCGUGUUUUUGAUAUAUGAUACCAUCAUGGAGUCUAGGCCCAGCAUCUUGUCCUGGUGUGAGAGUUUGUGUGAACGUGUCAUGGAAAUCAUUGUUGUUGUUUUUUAAAGUCCUAGCUAUUUUAUAAGAAAGAUGUGAAAAUGGAUCAAAUGUGUUUAAAAUAUAUAUUUAAAGUUAAAGAGAUGCACAUAACUACUGAUUAUAGUAAAUAGUGACUAACCCCAUAGAGAUUCAAACUGAAGUGCUUCUCUCUACAGAUUUCUGUGAGCAGAACUGCUGAAACAUCUGUCAUCUGCCUUUUUUUAACUAGUCAGCCGGUUUAAAUUUUUGAUUAUAGUUUGUGCUGUUUUGCAGUUGUUGUUGUUUUUUUUGCAUCAUACAGUAAUUACUAAACCAUGGCAAUCAGUCAUUAGGACAGAAAUCCUGAGAGACAUCUGCUCUGUUUCAAAUAUCUAGUGAGCUGCCUACGUAGACAGUAUUUUAAGACAGCAUAGGCACUUACAAUUUUAAGAUACCUUGUUUUGGCCUAAUUUUAAGGCAGAUGCACAUGCAUCAGGGCUCAACAAUAAGGAUUACUCAUUGACCCUGAUGUUAAGACAUAUCGUUUAGAAGUUUGGGGUAGAUACAUUUUUCAAAGAAGUCUCUUACGCUUGCCAUAGCUGCAUUUAU